CUGUGGGGGUGGCAGAGGGGAUGGGGCACAGGGUGGCACUGGGGAUGGUGGAGGGACAGUGGGGAUAUGGGGGGUUUCUGAGGGGACAUGGGGAGGACAGGGUGAUGCUGGGUGUGCCAGGGGGCCCACGGGGGUGUCCCCAGGGUGGCUGAGAGUGAUGGCACUCUGGGAUGUCCCAAGGGUGCUAGUGGUGUCCCCAGUGUCCUGUGCCAUGCGGCCCUGCCUGCUGAUUGCCCUGGCCCUGCUGGGCACAGUUCCCACCAGCCGCUCUGCUCUUGCCAGCCCUGCAGUGGAGGAUGAGGAGGACGUGACAGAGCUGGAGAUGCCCGAGGAGUACAGCGGGUGCCGGGGGGCCAGUGACAAGCAGGCACUCGGUGUCCCCAGCAUGCCGGGCACCGCCACCUGCCGCUACGUCGUCAUCUCCCGCUGCCGCACCUUCCGCCAAGCGCAGCGCAUCUGUGCCCGGCGCUACUGCGGGCGCUUGGCCUCGAUCCACGAUUCCCGCACCAACGCAUUCCUGCUGCACCUGGCGCGCCGCAACACCAACGCCGGCCUGGUCUGGAUCGGCGCCGUCAGCCAGCCCGCCGUAAGGACCCUGCCACCACAGCCUCGGGGCACCCUGUCUCCUCCCCGUGUCCCCAGUGCCCACCCCGGGUGUCCCAGCCCCAUGCCACAAUUCCCAGUGCACAGCCUGGGUUCCCCGAUCCCAUUCCCAGUCCUCUCAGUGCCCACCAAGAGAGCCACAACUCCACCCCCGUGUCUCCAAUGCCCACCUGGGUGCUCCGGCCUUGUCCCAGUACCCCUAACGCCCAUCCUGGAUGUCCCAUUCCGCUGUCUCCCACUGCUGGGGAUGCCCACACCCUUUCUCCCCUGGCAGACGCCAUUCCCAAACUGCCACUGGACCGACCGGAGCCCCUGGAACUACAGCCGCUGGGUGCACGGGCACCCCCUGCCCGGCCGCUGCUUCUGCACCGCCCUCUGCACCAACAAUGGGCUCUGGAGGAGCGUGAGAUGCAAGAGGCGGCUGCCCUUCAUCUGCGAGAUAUGAGGGGCUCAGCCCUCCUGGGUGCCCCCCUACUGCUGUUCCCCUACAGGGGGCUGCACCCCCUCUCUCGGAGUACAAUAAAGCCUUGGUGUCAGCACUCACUUGGUGUUUGGGCAGGGCCAGGCUGGGUGCACCCAGGGUGGGCACAGAGGGGUUUUGGAGGUGCCCCUUCCUCCCUGCACAGCUCCUGUGCGGGCA